UCCCACAUUCCCCUCCCCUCUGUCCGCUCCUGCGCUCUGCUUCCUGCUCGGGGAAUCUGCAGCCAUUCACACGAAGAGCUCCGGUCCGGUGACAGCAGCCGAACGGACACACACUGUACACAGCCCGGGACUGCAGGCUCGGUCCAUACAGGCUGCUGCCGGGCGGACAUGGCCGCUGUCUGAAGGCAUCUAAUCUAUUGCCCGGGGAGAAGGCACCUGGGGCUGAGCCAGGGUCUGUAACAGGCCGUGCUGGAAAACAACGGGAGGGAUAGGGAGAGGCUGCAGCCUAGACCAGCUGGAAAACAUUGGAUUGAGGUGAUCAUCAAGAUUUAUGAUCUCAGCCAUAGAGACAGGGCCAGCAUGGGAGUGAAAAUAUGCUGCACCCAUAUGGACUCAUUCCCAAGUGAUGUGAAAGGCGAGAGGAAGCUGUUUUAAAAUUAAGACAUGAUGAACCAUCAAUCAGAUGACGUGCCUUGUAUGCAGAGCAGUCUCCUGGGCUCCCAUAGCUCUCUGCAUGAAGUCCAGUCAAUCAAUAGUGCGGAACUGGUUGCCAGACUAGAAUCUUACGAAGGCUCUGGAAAAAAAGGAAUUUCUGAUGUCAGAAGAACAUUCUGUCUGUUUGCAACUUUUGACCUACUAUUUGUUACAUUACUCUGGAUUAUUGAGCUCAAUACGCAUGGCAUUUUGGAUGCCUUACAGAGGGAAGUCCUACAGUAUGACUACUAUACUUCAUUUUUUGACAUCUUUUUGCUAUCAGUCUUUCGAUUUAGCAUGCUGAUUUUUGCAUAUGCAAUGUGCAAACUGCGCCAUUGGUGGGCUGUAGCGAUCACUACAUCAACUACAUGUGCCUUCUUGUUAGUAAAAGUAAUUUUAUCUAAGCUCUUCUCUCAAGGUGCUUUUGGUUAUGUCCUUCCUAUCAUGUCCUUCAUUCUAGCCUGGAUAGAAGCUUGGUUUCUUGAUUUUAAAGUAUUGCCUCAAGAAGCAGAAACAGAAAACAGGCGGAGGGUGAUUAGGAGUGUAUCUGAAAGAGCUGCCCUUUUGCCACCAGCACCCAUAUCUGAAGGACAAUUUUAUUCACCACCUGAAUCUCCAGAAGAGUCCGAUGAAGAGGUGGAAGAAAAACAGGACAUAGAAAAACCUUUAGUGUAACAAAAAUGUGAUUCCAAAGCCUUACUGAAGCAUCAUACUUGAGAUUACUGUAUUGUAUCUGGUGGACUACUGCAAACAGGAAGCAAAACAAAUUAAAGCCAUACUGAUGCACCACACAAAUUAUUCCGCCGUAGCAGUUGGAAUUGGAAGAGGACUGCCACUGAGUAGUCAGUAGUGACUAAAUAUUUUUGUCUGCAUUGAAUCAUAAUUUAAUAUGUUCUAUGAGAUUGUUCUAUAAAUUAGAGUGAAACUAUGUGAAACAUACCUUAGCAGUCCAUGUAAUCUGUUUCUCUCCUGAGAGUCCAGUGCCUUCAUGUUUAUUGACUAUGAGAAGACUACUGACUUUGAUAUGGACAAGACUGACUACUAUGUCUUCUAAUAAAUAAUGUGAAGCUGUUGGAUUUUUUUUAACUAAAAUUAAAAUGCUGCCAUCUGUGCAGUUUGCAUACCUGAAAUGAAUCUAUGUAUAAAGCAAACUGAGGUGAAGCUAUUUUUUUUCUUUUUUUUUUUUACUUGCUAUCAUCCCUGGAAUGUCUGGCCUUUGAUCUUGGAAUUCUUUAUUUAUUUUUAUCAGGAUGAGGCAAUCUAUAAAGGAAAUUAGUGAGAAGAAUGUGCAAGCUUUAGUAUUUUUCUUGCAGACCUACGUGAAUGCUGGUUCCUACAUGACUGUUACUGCAGUUCUUCUAUACUUGGCAACCACAUGAAUUCAGAUCUUUGUCUCUAAAUAGUCAGUAUCAGUAGCUUUGAUGGGCUAUAAUAAAGUAACUCCUAGUUAUGUUUGGGUUUCUUUCCACCUAAUAAUGUGAGUGGAUCUUUUCAAUUACUCUCUCUCUCUCUAGCCCAUCUUUGCUGAUUUAGGAAUGCACUUUAUAUGUGGUGUGACAGUGGACCAUGAGAACUGCAUUUUAGUAUUGAUUAGCAAAGUAUAGAUUAAAAUUAGAUAAAACUCUACUUGUUAGAUGCAUAGUCAAUCUUAAAAAAAAAAUGUUUAGUACAGUCUCCAUCUUCUUGGAAGGGGUUCUAUGAAAUAGAUACUUAAGACUAAAGGAUCACUAUGACAUUAAGAAUACAAAUAUCUAUUCCUAAUGCUACCGUGCCCUAAUCACCAUUUAGGUGACUUGGACAGCGCUGCCAGGGUUAAAAAUGGUAAUUUACUUAUCUUUUCUUCCUUGAAGUCUCCUUGAUGAACUCCGCAUAGGAAAGCAUUAGGAAGCUUGUGUGCAUGCAUGGCAAAACGCUGCGGUACACCUAUCAGAUGGUGGCCUCUCUGGGUUUUAUUCUGCUAUUUCAUAGAAAAGCCUCUAGUGAUCGUCAGUAUGGCAGCCGUUUAAGGCUGGUUAACGUUGCCAUGAAAACAUUAGCAUUUCUGAACUCCUUUUAGAACACUUUAGUCGAUACAACCACAGAGACAGCAAAAAUGUUGCAUUAAAAAUAGAGCAUUGUUUUUAAUAUACUUGCUUCCCUGCAGACCCCAUAAAUGUGUCAUUUGUUAUUUUCAUUCUUAUUUACAUAAAUUGUGAAAUAUCUUUUCUAAAGUGUGUGUUACUUUACUGAAGAUUUGAAAGCGUAUGCAAAUUUUCAUACAGUCUGUUUACAUUGUAUGUGUAAAUUUGGUGGGCCAGAUGUCUGUGCUUUGAGUGGUCCACACUUUGGUAUUCACAGCAGAAGAAAAUUGUAAGUUUAAUAUGUUUUUGUAGGUUAUAUGCAGUUUUUCCAAAAAUGCUUACUUGGCACUCCUUAUGUAAAUAUAAGGCAAAUAAUCUGGUCAGGCAAGAAAAGCAUCUGGCUAUAUGAACAUUGAGAUCAAAGGUAUUGCCCCAGUUAUGGCAGCUAUCUUCUGGACUAAACUUGUCAACACUCUAUAUUUUAAUUCAUUUUUUUGUUGAUUCAAAACUGACUGUUCCAAAGAAAAAUACAUUGUUUCAAAUAUUCUAUACCGUUAGUUAAACAUUUGUAAUUUGUUUUGUUUGUGUAACUUGAAAAAAACGAUUGUGUUUUUGUUUUGUAACUGUUUGUCCUACAUUGUAUUGCUAUCUUUGUAAGAAGAGAGUUGGUUUUCAGAGUAUAGAUGAAGCAGACACAGGGAAAUUGUGACAUGGGUCUUAGAAAUACUUGAAUUGUUUUUAAAUGAGACUGAUUCUGUGUUUGAAUGUCCAUAUUUUAAGGAUGGCAUUUAAGAAAUCUAUUAAAGUCUGUGCUCUGUUAUUUUUGUAACAUACAUGAAUGACAAAGGGCUUGAUGUUUAUUAAACUCUAAUUCACCCUGCUCAGUUUUGCUGUUGAACAACUUUUAUACGAAGCAUAUCAUUCCCUCAGCUUUCAGUAAAUUUUUAUAUACAGGGUAUUUGCAGAUAAUGUAUCAACCACUAAUUUUAAGAUCCCAUAUGGUACUAAUCUAUCUGUAUAACAUGCAUAGUUUGUUUAAUACAUAGAUUCACACAUUUAUUGAUGGUGACUGUACAUCUUUUACACAAAGUUUCUGUCCUAUCUAUACCUCGACAAGCAUUUUGUAUAAUGCAAGGUAUAUAAUCAAAGAUAUUACUUUGCUGCUUACCAUUGACUCUAUGAUGUAUAUUAUAAUGUAUGCAGUAUUGCUAAUGAAAUUAACCUGCUAGUGGCAACAUAUUAUAACAGUUACUUUUUUCCCCAUUUGUUUUCUGGAAAGUUGAAUUUCUCGUGCAAAUUAUUGGUUCCAUAUAAUGGUUUAAAUGUAUAUUAUAUGUACAUAUCUAUAUGUAAGUUAUACGAUUAAAUGAAUAAUGAAAUGCUUUAUAAAUGAGCUGUUAAAAUUA